GACGUGAGACUGAGACGUCAAAAAUGACAAAAAUCCUUGUAAACAUUCCAGCGUAUCGAUUCUGCAGAAAAACAAGAAAUGAAUUUAAUACCGUUAAAUCCUAUAACUAAGAUUAAAUCAGAAUGCACCACCUCAUCGGCGCUAUCACAGAUGUGCUUUGGGUGUUUCAGCGUUGAUAGAAACGUUGAGAGCCUUUUUGGGGAGCUCUCGAAUAUUUUCUUUAGCUUGCUGGACGAGGGUUGCAAAAUAAGAAACACAAUGACAAUACAAAUGUGCUGGGAGUGUAAGCAGAUUGUGAAGAACAUCCAUACAUUCAAAAAGAAAGUCAAUUUAGUUCAGAGAUUCCUAGCUACAUACCAGUUUGAUGAAAAUCAGGCCUUUACAUUACCAAAUCCUUUAUCAAAAUUAUCAAAUGCAAAAGCAAGUGACCCCAUAUUACUAACGCACAAUGAAACAACAGAAGAUUUGCUUAUUACAAAAAUUAAAGAAGAGGAUACCCAGACUGAUAUCAAAGAAGAUAUAAUUAACAUUGACGUAGAUUUCAAUCUAAAAUAUGAAGAUGACUGGCAAAACGAUGAUACCGAACCACUAAUCAAAAUAAGAAAGAAAAAGUGUAAAGCAAAGUUAAAGUAUGAGGUUAUUAACAGUGAUAUUAAAGUGGAUAGAAUGGCUUCGCUGUUCACAAAAGUGCCGGUUAGUUUGAGUGAGUUAGAAGCGGUUAUGGCAGAGGAAAGAGAUACAGAGAUAUUUCGCAAGUGGCUUGUGACAUGUGAAGACUGCUUAUGGAGAAGCAGCGGGGAGGAUAGUUUAGAAAAUCAUAAGGAGAAGGUACACAGUAAGAAAAACAACUUCCCAUGCAGUGUAUGUAAAGCCACACUCUCAUCAAAAGCAGUACUAGAGAAUCACAUGAAAUACCACUCAACCAUACGAAAGUGCAAUAUCUGCGAUCACAAAUGUUACAACAAGAUCAGUAUGAUGGACCACUUCAUAGCAUUUCACGAGAAGAAGUACAAGUGUUUAAAAUGCGGACUUUGUUUUCACAACACAAAAUUAUUCUACAAACAUUACAAAGAGUUGCACAGCAAGUUCAUCUGUGACUACUGCGGGAAAGCGAGGUAUACGAGGAGAAGCAUCCAACGACAUAUACUCCACAACCACGGCCCAACCGACUGCAAGCUCUGUCGCCGCCGCUUCAAGUCCUCCAAGACUCUCGAGGCUCACAACAGAGACCUACAUAGGGUGCCUCAGCCAGAACUGUCUUACUGUGUGGAGUGCGAUAAGCAGUUUAGACAUCCGAGGGCCUUUAAAAGACAUCUGCAAGCCAGCAGUGCGCAUAGGGACGCGUGUGCCGAUAGACUCAAUCGCUCCGGCCGCUUCCCCUGCCCAGACUGCGACAAGCAGUACGCUCGCAAGACUUACAUGAUGAACCACUACCGACACGUACACCUGAAGCAGUCGCGGCACUACUGCCGGCCGUGCGACAAGUACUUCCUGAACCGCACCCGCUACAUCGACCACACGCGGUUCUCGCACGAGGGGCUGAAGCCCGCCAAGAACAAGCUGUGCACCAUGUGCGGCCGGGGGUUCUCGACAAACCGCAUCCUAGAGAAGCACAUGCGCACGCACACGGGCGAGCGGCCCUUCCCCUGCCCGCACUGCGACGCCAAGUUCACACAGAAGGAGUCCAUGCAGAGCCAUGUGAAGCACAUACACUUGAAGAUUAAGAGGAAUGCGAGUAAUACGAUGCAGAUUGGCAAGUUUUUGCAGUGACGGUAGCCUCAAAUUACACAUAAACGAAAAAGGGUAGCUUAGUGAAGCCGUCUUCAAUAUUGAAGUACAUUUAAGUAACUUAUAAUAUAAUGUAGCUAAGUUCCUUUAUGAAGCCAAGAUCACGCAGAAAGAGUCCAUGCAGAGUCAUGUGAAGCACAUAGGUACACUUGAAGAUUAAGAGGAAUGCGAGUAAUACGACACAGAUUGCUAAGUUUUUACAGUGAAAUAAAGUGAAUAUGUGAAUUGACAUUAUUGGAACUAGUUACCGCUUCACGGGUUCUUUAUUGACGUAGAUAAACCUCACUAUAUCGCGAUACGCUAUAAAUACGGUGCUGUGAUUGGAGGGACGCGCUAAUCCGAGUAACGAGAUUGUAAUCGAUAUAGAUACACAAAUACCUAAAUAGGCGCAUUAUAUUCUAUACAUAGAUAAAAAACAACCACAGACACAAGGCAAUCACAGCGAUGUUUGUCUAGAGAAGAAGACAAGUUCACUAUGUCUCUUCCACGGACCAACCGCAUCCUAAAGUCCUCCGUCGCGCUCGCUCUUCAGGCUUCGCGAUGUGAGUGAGCGGGAUGCAACAGCUGUUCUAUAGAGAGGCACACGCACGCACAGCGGCGAGCGGCCCUUCCCCUGCCCGCACUGCGACGCCAAGUUCACGCAGAAGGAGUCCAUGCAGAGCCAUGUGAAGCACAUACACUUGAAGAUUAAGAGGAAUGCGAGUAAUACGACACAGAUUACUAAAUUUCUAUAGUAAAAUAAAGAGAAUGUGUGAA